GACACGCCCAAUCAUUUUCAAUUCACCAAAUUACAAACAUGUAUCUACUCAUACACUCUCGAGUAGAAGUGAAUAAAGAAAUGCACCCCACAGAACAUGAUCUAGAACUUUGUAGGUUUGGCUUUCUAUGGAGUAGUCCACCAGUCUAGCAAUCGGCUCGCACCAACACAUCAACCUCCAGACGUCCUGCAUCUCAAUCCAUAAAAAGUACACAAUCACCUCUCACGAAUUUCAGCCCUGCAUCAAUCACAUACAUUACAUCUACACUAAAGCAAACGUCAAUUAAAAUGCCCCCUCCAGCUCCUUCAGAAGACGCCCCCCAAUCGCAAUCCCAAUCGCAAUUACGGCCCAAUCUGGCGGCCCAUCACCGAUCCACGUCCUCGGUCACCAGCCACCAAAGCGAUAGUCCGGCGGGUACACCUCCAGCUUCAGGUGCAACUGCUACACAGCAUAAAGAACCCAAAGCCAAAGGCGAGCGCAAACACGUAGUCGGUCACGGCAAAUACGGACGUGUGAGCAGUAAUAAGGCGCUGCAUAAAUUAUCUCGUACAUUGAGCUCACAUAACCACAAUAAUCAUCACAGCCAUACUACUAGCAACGAUAAUUUGAAGGAAUUUCAAGCGCCGUGGGAUAAACCACACAAUUCGAGCACGAAUCUCAAUCGGCAGAAAAACAUUUCGCAGACGGCCCUGAAACGUAAUCGGAGCUCGGCAGAUGUGCAGAAUAGUACGGGGCAAUCGAGAAAAUCUAAGAACUCGGAUGAGCAGCAGGGCAAAAAGAGACCGAACAGUGUACAUUUUGAAUUGGGCAUAGCUACGCCGGGAAAAACAGAAGUCGAAGACGACAACGAAGAAGGUUGGGAAGAAGCAAGUUCGACUGCAAGUCCGGCUUUGAGCCGCAGUGCAAAUACAUCUGCCAAACCAUCCGCCGCCAAUUCCGCCGCCAAUUCUCGACAUCAAUCUCCUCUUUCAUCGCCGAAAGCCAAAAGGACUAACGGUCCGGAUUCUGUGAGGGAUUUUGCGAAGGGCUCAAUUGAUCACUUUGAUGGGAAUGGUAGUGUAAAGACAGAUACAAACACGAAGGCGAAUAGAAGCAGUUAUUCAACUGCAGACGCAAAAUUGAUCACGGAGAAAUUACUUCAGAGAACACCGUCUCAUUUGGCUUCGGAAACGAAAAUGAGCAUGGCAACUGCGAAACCAACGCCAAAGAUGGCGCAUGCACAUUCUGGUAGCGUGGAUCGAUCGACGGGGAUGGUGAAGAGUAUGGGUGCUAGUACCGCGAGUGGAAACCAGGAAUUGAUAUCGAGAUUCGUAGGAGAUGCUGGGACGCCUGGAGAGAAUAGUCCGAAGUUUCCGCCGCCGGAUCAUAGGGGAGAAUCUAGGACGGGCGCUAUAAAUAGCAGUGCGUUGGAAAAACCGCAUGGUGGGAUUGGCGAAAUAGCAAGAGCGAAGUCGAUGGGGAAUUUAACAAAACAUAAUGUUGACGAGGAAGAGGAAUCGGCUCUAUUGCCUCGAAGUCGAAAGAGUUCUACAAGUGGCGUUUCGGGACCGCCUAAUGCGUAUAAUUCGCGCACACAACAGAAACUUUGGCUUCAAAGAGCAUCGUCAAAUAUUGAACCGCAGAGAGAGGGUCUAGGUGCGUUGUCAUUAUUGAAUGGAGGUAUUGGAAUGGGUAAUCAUGGUGGAGCAAAUGGUAUGGGAUUUGGACCUGGAAUGGGCAUGGGAAUGGGAAUGGGCAAUGGAGGAUACUUAAUGGGCGGAGAUGGAAAAGGGGAUCCGAGGAUCAAAGUGCAGCUUGAAAGAACGGGUCUGGAAUAUUUGGUUGUAAGACGUCAUCAAGAUCCUGUUGGACGAGGUAUUAAGAGAUUAGAGAAAAUGGGAGAGCUUGGGCAUGGGGGCAAAAAUAUCCCAGGGCCUGGAAAUGGCCAUACGCAUAGUAAGAGUGCGAGUGUGAGUCGAGCGGGUAGUUUGAGAGAGAGGAAUGGAAAUGCGAGGAAGGGGGGAAGACAGAGUUAUGAUGGAGAGGAGAGGGGUAGUGAUACUGAUCGAGAUGGUGGUAGUGGAUUGGAUGAAGAAAAUGUUGCGGCGCUUCUGAGGAGCUUAUGGGAGAAGAGUUUCGAGGGGAGUGGGAGUGCGGAUUAGUGCGAGAGUUUUGGAAACUCAAUUUGGCUUCCGAGCUUUGUAUUUGUGGACUGGGGGUGGUAAGUAAUGGGCAGGAUGCAAUAGGGGCUUGACAUAAUUAAAGGAAUGGAGUUUUGAAAUUUAUAGGCGUGCAUGGGUUAGGCGAGGAAAAUCCCUCGAAUAUAUUUACUGAUAUUUUGAAAUUGCUUCCUGGCUGUUUGGUGGGCUGGUCGACCUUUAGAAUGAGUGUUUGAUUAACAUAAUGGAUUUACCCGCGAGGUUGUAUACACACAAAUGCCAAAGUUCACUGCGUGAUAUCUGAAUGGUUGAUUUGAGGUUAGACAAUGAUGGUUCGUUUCUAGGCAGAUAGGUAGGUAGGUAGAUAGGCGAAUGAGAAAGGGGCAAGGAAGAUAUUUUAGAAAAUAAUGGUGAUGAGUAUCUAUCCA